GGGCUGUUUGGACGAUAGCCCAGCGGCGCCUUACCAAAAUUUUGGCGUUGACCACUGGCUUGGGCUGCCGUUUGGAUCAAGGCCAAAAAAUUGGUUGUCUGCCAAAAUUUCGGUCGGCAGUUCAGUUUUCACGCCCGCGCCUGGGGGAAACAGCGGCGGCGGAUUUCAUCGCCAAAAUAUUGGCGCGCCAUGGAUUGGCAGGGCAUGUGCGGGCGUCAUCCAAACAACCCCUAAUCCCCUAAACACCACGAGAGUUCUCGGAGAAGAGAGGAGGAGCCGCGGCGUCAGGGCCGGAGAUAUUUUUUUUUGAUAAAGGGAAUAUACUAAUAUCGUGAAGAUACCAAUUACACCCGGCCUCAGGGCCGGAGAUGUCGCUCUACAACUUCACGUACAUCCUCAUCGGCGACUCAGGUGUCGGUAAGACAUGCCUGCUGGUGCAGUUCCUCCACAAGGAGUUCCACCCUGUCGUUGAUUUCAACAUCGACACCGAGUGCGGGGACAAGAUGAUCACCAUCGACAACAAGCCCGCCAAGCUCCUGAUUUGGGACACGCCAGGCCGACACGCAUUCAGAUCGUUAACUACACCACUCUACGACGAGGCUGUCGGUGCUCUCUUGGUUUAUGACAUCACCAGGAGGGAGACUUUUAACUAUCUCGCCAACUGGCUGCAAGAUGCAAGGAAAUAUGCGCACCCUGGCAUGACAAUAAUGCUGAUUGGGAACAAAUGCGAUCUAUCUCACAGCCGUGCAGUGAGCUAUGAGGAAGGCGAGCAGUUUGCAAAGGACCAUGGCCUUCUCUUCAUGGAGGCAUCUGCAAAAACUGCACAGAAUGUUGUGGAGGGUUUCCUUCAGACUGCUGUAGGAAUAUACAAGAAAAUUCAAGAUCCUUCCUCCGAUCUAUAUAAUUAGGUUAGCUGAUUCAAAGUUGGCUACACACUGCCUAGCAUCAUUAGAGGUGCUGGUGCCUCGUCUUCCUAUGGUAGCCGCUACCGUGGUUAAUGUAUUGAUGUGCAUGAAAACUUGUCGUGCGACACUAUUUCGUGUGUCAAUGGAUUAUGAUCUAAUGCUAAACAUUUCAAUAAAUGUACAAUGUGUCGGAUUCCACAAAUUGUAUCCUUUAGUAUGUGAGAUUAAGUAAGAA